AUUUCACAAAAAUAUAUCUUGUAACAUUUCACUUCGAAAUCAAUAGAAACAAAUUAUAUUUUGUUUAUUUUUGACAAUAAAAAAUAACCUAUAAAAUACAGUGUUAUGUAAAUCAGCAUAAAUGCAGAACUACUUGUUGGGGGGUUGAAAAUGGUAAAAGGGGAACCCUAAAAAUAUUAAAACCAGUGAAACUUCAUUUUCUUUAAGCUAAAUAAUUUUCUUAUUUUUUUUCUUUUGAGUUUCAGGCUUGACAUAUGACCCCAGCAUGUUCUAAACGACUGAGAUUCACCCACCUAGCCUAUAUUUUUAUAUUUUCCAUUUAUUUUUCAGUGUCAGUCUCUUGCUAAUAGUGCUUGACUAGUUUGAGAACGACCCCACUUAGUUUCCAUGGAAACCGAGCUGUCAAAAAAAAAAAAAAAAAAACUAGGACUACAAAAAACGAGGACUACAAAUGGGCCUAGCGGCAGCUCGACUAGCAUAACUGUCACCGAUGAGACGUCGGUCUGUUUGAAACAAAAUAUCCCUUUAUUGCUUUACACGCCUUGUGUCCAAAUAAAACCGCUCAGAGAAACAAUAUCAGUUUUCCUGUCGAGGAAGACAACGGACCUUCUAAAGCUAACAAUAGGCUCUUUAGAACUACAUUUCCCGACAGCCUCUACGCCGGCACGUCCUUGACGUCACAAUAAGUAUAUAUGGGUCCCGUACGGCAUUCCUUACUCUAUUGUUACAUUGUAACAAACCGGGGCAGAAGAGAGGCCCAUAGGGUCCUCGGGCCGACAGAUACUACACAUAAUUUUUUGUUUUUUCUUUCCUUCGGGGUGGAAGUAUAACGUUGCGAUUUGUCUAAACAUAGCGCAGAACACAACCACCUAUCCGGAGGGAAAAAACCCCGAAGGCUCGGCUCUAUUUGGUCUUUUUGAAUGCAGGCAUUUUAAAGGAUCACCUAGAGAUUUUAUCUGCAUGUAUUGGAUGCAUCUACGCGGGAAUUAGUAAUUUUUUAGUGAAUUAGGUUCUUGUCUGCCUUCGUCUGCCCCGUUUUUUAAUCUUUACAGAGCUUGAUUGCAACGUUAAAUGCUCGCAUAGGCUUCUUGACACACAAACCCCCAUUUAUAGUCCAUGUCAAGACUAAUAUCCAUUGUUUACGAUGCUUAAAUGUUCGGACAUCACUACAUUUUUCGUGAAUAAACUGCAAUUUCCUCUUUGGUCUGGCCAUUUCGAUGGGCUGAAGUCGCUUUUGUCUGUCAUUUUGUAACCUUGUGGAAGUCUAAAGCUGAAAUAGGCUCCAAAUCCCCAAAGAAAAGAAAACCAUCCAAAUAAAGGAAGCACGGAACGAGCGACAGCUUCGCCGGUUUAAAGGCUCUCUAUUUCUGCCCAAGGGAACAAGAGGUCAUCAUGGGUAUCAAAAUGUCAAAACGCAGUGUUUCCAUGGAGACAGUGUCAUCUCGCGGCCUGAAGCGCAGAUUUGAGGAGGUGGACAGCGGCUCGCCGUGUUCCACACCCAAAGAUUCAGAUGAUGACAUCUCCAGCAGUGACAGCGCUGAUAGCUGCGACAGUCUCAACGCUCCCUCCAGCUCUCUAACACGCGUGCUGCAUUCAAGACUUGGAAGUAAACACCCACUGCAACCAUUGGCCCCCUCCAUUCUCAGAAGGCACAAAGUGUCUUUAGGUCGUAAGCAGGUACGCUUUGACGCGGUGACGGUCUACUACUUCUCCAGAAGGCAGGGCUUCACCAGUGUGCCCAGUCAGGGUGGCAGCUCCCUGGGCAUGGCUCGCCAUCACUGCGCUAUACGACAUUACACCCUUGGCGAGUUUGCACGAGAACAAGAGAGCAGCCACAAGCAUGUGCUGCGUCAACACCUACGCCAAGAAAAGCUCAAUGCUCGCAAGUUAAAGCUGACACGGAAUGGAACUGUAGAUUGUCCCGAAGCGGAAUUGCUUACCUUGGACGACAUAUCCGAUGAGGAUCUGGACGUUGAGAGCGUGGAGGUGGAUGAUUGCUUCUUCCUGCAGCCUCUUCCUACCAAGCGGCGCCGGGCACUACUGAGGGCCUCUGGUAUUGCCCGUAUAGAUGCCAGAGAAAAGGCUGAGCUGCGUGCCAUACGUUUGUCCCGGGAGGAGUGUGGUUGUGACUGCCGUUUCUACUGCGACCCUCGGCACUGUGGCUGCAGCCAGGCUGGAAUUAAGUGCCAGGUGGAUCGGAUGUCCUUUCCAUGUGGAUGCACCCGUGAUGGUUGUGGUAACACUGCCGGCCGCAUUGAGUUCAACCCUCUUCGUGUGCGUACCCAUUAUCUCCACACUAUCAUGAAACUUGACCUGGAAAAGAGAAGCCUGUUGGGUGUUAGGUCUGGAGAGGACUGUGGGGAAGAGACAGAGUUAGUCUCCUCACCAUCUAUGUCUCUUUCUCCCUUGGACUCGGAUGUGGAAGUGGAAAGCCAAAGAGUUCAGGAGCUGCAAGAGGAGCAGUGCGACAGCCUGGAGCGUGAGAACGAAACGGCCGUGCUUCACCUACAAAGUGCAGAGGAACGGGAAAGGAGACUGGAACAAGAGGAGCAGCAGGUCGAGGAAGAGCAGAACGCCGACCCAACCCUUUGCCUCCUGCAGGGUGCCCUGUCCAGCCAGGCUGGGAUGGAGGGCAUGGAAGGAGUUGAGGGAGUCCUUCUAGAGGGGCCUUUUCCUGAAGGUGCCACCCUGCUGUGUAUUACAGAGAACCAUCCAGAUGAACAGACCCAGCAGAGGCUGCUCAAAGACCCUUCUUCUGUCCUCUACUAUCAAGUAGGUCACGUAGAGACUGCGGCCUUUGAGACGCUCCCAGCACAAGUAGAGGAGGUGGUGAGUGAAGGUGAUGAUCCAGAGACGGAGAGCGAUCGGCAAAAACAAGAAACCUGCGGGCAGGAUUCGGCCAAGAGCUUGUCUGUCGAAGUACCUCCACCUUUCGAGAAUGGUGGCGAAGAACAUCUUUGUCCAGAACAGGCCUCAAAUGAAGGGGAAUGCCUCGAGACGUGCCUGGCACUGGAUGAAAAAGCAGUACAACUUCCUCCAGAAGUGUAGAGCCCAUCACCUCUGCAGAUGUUUUGCACAAGUUAGUCAUUAAAUUCAAAGAGAACCUACUCCACACAGUGCGAUAUCUUACAAAACUGCAUAAUGUUAUUAAAUGUUAAAGAAACAAAGUUACCUUCAUGGGUUUGUAUCCAUUUUAGCUGGAGAUAAGCAUGUACUGUGUUUGAAGUAGGUUGUCUGUGGUAAAAUAAGUUAUUAAAAAGAAAAAAAUAGAAUAAUUUAUUUAAAAAAGAAAAAAGAAACUCAAGAGAAGCAGAGAUCCUGAUCUGACAAGUGUUGUUUUUCCAAUAUGGUAUCGGUUUAUUACUUGAUACUGGUGGGAAAAUGUGGCCUUUAUGUCGAGUCGAGGAGCAAGCAUUUUCAGGAUUAUCCAGCGGCUUCUUAUGGCCUUUCUAGUUUGUAUAGUUUCCAAUAGCGCACCCCGCUAACUAAUUGGCACUGACCAGAGGGUAUAUACUAACGCUAAGUUCACGUUUCGUCAGAAUUACCGCAGUUAUGAGAUCUGAGCUCUUCAUAUACUCUGACUCAGUCUUAUAGCAAUGCUCAUAACGCCAAAAUGUAUCCAUGCACAGCUUUGUUGCUUAUGACAGAAAAAUCGCUACAUUAACCUUGGAAUGGAGUUGUAUCAAAUUCAGAGGUUCCAACCUCAGAAUUACACAAGUUCCCAAAGACACAGAUGGUUUUUAAUACUCAGAAUUCCGUAAUUAUGGUAAUUCUGCCAGGGCGUGAAUGCAACAUUAGUAAUAUGCAUAUGGCUAAUGCUAACGCAGUGCUAAUGCUAAGAGAAGGGGUUGCUAAUUUUUGAAGAGGCUGCUGUUUGUAGCAUCCUUCCUGUGAAUAGACCCAACAAUCCUGGAAAUACUUGGUUUUCAUGUACUGUACAAGUGUUUUGCUAAGAGCUAGCAUGAAGAUGAGUGAAAAAGCUGCUUGUUCUCUGUAUGCACGUUGAAAACUUGAUUCGUUUGAACUUGCUGACAGGGGGAUCAGGAGGAUAAAUGAAUGUGCAAGCCAUUUGCACAGCAGUUCUUUACUGAUUCAUCGUAGUCUUGACCUUACACCGUUUGAAGCUGUAGCCUAUCGUCCCAGUUCGUGGACAUUUAUUUAUUUACCACCGCUUUGUGUUGUGACAGCGAGGACAAUGUGUGUUUGAGUACUGUCACCUACAAUCAUUUAUGAUUUUUUUGUUUGUCUAUUUGUCUGUUCAUUUUUAGGAGGGAAUGAGAUUGUACACAUUUAUUGCACAUUAAGCCUUCAAAGAUUACUGAAGAGAUUCUAGCUGUAAUUUUACUUCAGGUAGAAAGUCAAAAAAUUGAGUUCUGUGUGUGGGUGAAUAUCAUAAAAACAUGUCCAGGUCACAUUUCACUCCAAAAUCUAAACAAUAAUAAUAAGACAUAACAUUUUACAUAACUAAAAUAAAGCCUUUUUUAGGACCAUAAAGAUUUUUUGUGACUUUUCUACAACAAUUCAGCACAUUUUAAUUCCAAAUUUCAUUACCGUAGUGCAUCCACAUGUAUUAUUUUUAUUUUGUAAUUUUUAUUACUCUCAAAUGGUGAUUCCUGUUACUUUUAUUAUACUUUACAGUAAUGAGAAGUUUGACAAUGACACAAUGUCUUAAUGGUCUUUAAAAUAGGCUUUACUUUCUAUUUUAAAAAUGUAAUUGCUUAUUUUCUUUUGUGCUGAAAUAUGACUUGUGACGUGUUCUUGACAUAUUUCGUGAGAUUUACCUGUAUGUGUUCAACCUUUAAACCCAGUACUUAAAAUCCAAGGUGAUCUUAUACAUCAUUUAAGCCUUUAUGUACUGUAUGACAAGGCAAGGAAGACUUUGGGGAGACUAUAUAUUGUAAUGUUGACGUACACAUGGGACUUUUGUCACACUAGGCCACAGUUUCAGUCCUGGUAUUUAAUCAACAUUACAAGUUAGACUGAUUAUAAUUUUCUGUCAACAGUGCACAUCAUUUUAAAUGUCCAAACCCUCAUUUUAACUCUGUGAAGACCAUCCUCCUCAUCCUUUUUACCCUUGCUGUUCUUCCCUUUUGCAUUUUUAUCAUCCAUCCCUACCACAUACCUCUCAUUUUAGAAUAUGAAUCAUGUUAAUGAAGAUUUUACCUAGAUGCUUUCCGUUAUAGUUGUUUUAGUUCACUCCUGUUUAAUGAUAGUUAAAGACAAAGUAAUAAUUUGAAUAGUUACAUGAAAAAAAAAUGGUGUCUUCAAAUAGUAUGAGUUCUGUGAUGUUGCUAAAUUAUUUAAAGAAACCCAAGAAAACGGUCAUUUUGCAGUGUGUAUGUGUUUGUAUGUGUGCCAGAAAGAUUCUUGAUUUGUGCAACGAACCAAUGUUUGUGAGUGCAUUAUGGGUUCUUCAUAUUUCAAAAGGUGCUCUUACUUUCGUUUUCUCACAUUCAUAUUAACACUAUAUGUAGAGAGAGAACAAAGAAAUGUUAAAAAUCCACACAUUGUUGGUUGUAAAUGCAAAUGUUGCCGUUAUCUCUCUGCUUCUGAUUUACUCAGCCUCACAACGUGUCAUGGGUAAAGGAGAUGCUUCGUUAUGUGCUAAAAUGGAGCAUGCGAGGCUAAUAAUGAGUUUGUUAGCAUGGUUGCUCACUUAUAUGACUUAGUCUUGUAAAGCUCCAAGCAUUAAGCUCAAUUCAAACCUAAAGCUGCAAUAAUUAUGAGUUUUGCAAAUGACCAAUCAAACAAGAAGGAUUUUUGUUUUGUUUUAUACUGUUGCUGUGUUUAUAAAAUGUUUUUUUCUUACUUUGUUUUUGCCUCAUUGUUAUGUUAGCAUGUCUUUUAGUCUCAGUUAACUGAAUUAUCUUAAUGUACUGGCACUCUGUGUAUGCCACCACACAUUCCUGCACUCGAAUGAAUUUUGUCUGUAGCAGUAGCAGUGUCAUGGUAGACAGAAGUCACUCUUAUUUUUUUGUUCAUGUUUUUGACAUAUGAACAUCUGCCAGUCCAGUGGUCUAAAACCUAAUGGCUUUAAAAAGGAGGCUUGAACGUUGCACAUGCUAAUGUACCUGUACCUAAAAAGCUAAGCAUCUUUUUUGUCAGAUAUAUUUUUGUUUUCCUCCUUUUUUAAGUACUCAGAUUUGAGACCACUACAGUAACUGAAAACCAACUUACAUUAUGAUUGUGUGUAUGUGUAUGUGUGUGUUAGAGGUGCUUUAUUAAUAAGGCUGAAUGGAGUUUGAAUUCUACGCUGUAAGAGUGACUUACGCUAACUGUUGCCUACAGAGGAGACAAAACACAAAGUUUUAUAUGAAAAUGUGAGUGAAAUAAAAUCUAAAAUGAAGGAAACAA